CAGCGCAGCGGGCGCAGGGGAGCGGGGCGGUGCUGCCGUUCCGCCCGAGGCCCGGCAGCCGGGGCAGCGCCGCGCCGGGCCGGGCCGGGCCGGGCCGGGCCGGGGGAGCCGCGGUCGCCAUGGAGACGCGUGGGGCCGCGCUUCCUGCCGGUGCGGCGCCACUGCUGCCCGGCUGGAAACAGCCGAGGCGGCGCCGGCCGAGCUGCAGGGCCUAAAGCCCCGCGGGGGAGAGGAGGGUGUUUCCCGCCGGACGAGUUAGGCGUGCGCUGCCGUGGAUGGUGCGGGGCAGGUUGUGAUCUCAUGGAUUGGGUUUCCUAACACAGUGCUGACUGCAAACCCAUCAGGCCAUGGCCCUGGAAAGGAUGAAGCAGAAGGACUGGUACAAGGUCCUGGGGGCCAAACCUUCGGACAGCCCAGCAGAACUGAAACGGAAAUACCAAAAACUUGCUUUGUUGUAUCACCCUGACAAGCAGGAGGCAGGCGUGGCGGCGGCGGAGGCGGAGGAGCGCGUGCGGCAGUUCAUCCAGAUCCAGCAGGCGUGGAAAAUUCUGGGCAACCAGGAGACAAAAAAAGAGUAUGACCUGCAGCAGCGUGAAAAUAAUCUGACAAAAGAAUGGCCACUUCAUGAACAGAUUUAUCUUGAGGACAUGUCCUGGAAUGAAGAUGAACAACUCUACUCUCUGUCCUGUCGAUGUGGUGGGAAUUACAGUGUCUCCAAGAGUGAAACCAAAGAUGUAUCUUUGGUUUGUUGUGACACAUGUUCACUUGUUAUCGAGAUCCUGCAAUGAUUGUUGCAGUGAAGCACACCGAGUGUUACAAACUUUUCAAAAGACUGGACAAACAGGUGACAGAAUCUGCUAAAGAAAUGUAUGUUAAAGAAAAAGAGGGCACUACAAGAACAAGUUCAUUCAGGGUUAAAAAUGACAAGUGCCCCUUUGCUCACACAGCUCUGCAGACAUGAGGCUGGGCUUCUUCUGCAGCUGAAGAGCUCACUACUCAACACCUCCAACCCAGAACAGGAGUUUGUACAACUGGAGUGCAUCUCCUGAUCUAAAGGUUUCUCUCCCAGCAAACAACAGAGUAGCUUCUUCCAAUUUCAGUCUCAAGCAGCUCUUGGGCCCUUCUUCUUAGGUUAAAUCCUUUUAACAGUUCAGAUGCCAAAAUUCAAUCAGGAGGCACAGAUGUGAGAACGCUUUGAAGAUAAUGAAGAGCAAAGUUCAGCAGUAGGAAACAGGACAUUUUCUAAGCUAAAUAUUUAAGUUCAUGAAAUCCUCUCAAGGGCUGGAGCCUAGGAGGAGGAGGCAGAGGCUGGCAGCUGGAAGCAGUGGCUGUGCCCAUGACAGUGGCAUCACCUGGGCAGCCUGGAGCAGGAGCACGUGUUGAGCUGAGGCUCUCCAUGUCAGAACAAAUGGAGUCAUCAUUCCUGAGAGGAAAGCUAAGGAGGAAGCUGUGCUCUGACCCCACUGGGCAGUCAGAGGAAACCCCACAGCACUCCCGGGAGUGACCAGCAGGUCUGGAACCCCACUGGUGCUGUGUUCAGUGCCAGCCCUGGCACCACCUGCUGAUGGCAGGCACUUAAUUUUUGCUGAUGACACAAGUGUAUCAUUCCCACUCUGAAGUUAGGUGUAAUCUCAGAAAGAGAUAUCUUUGUCAAGUAGUAUUUGUGUUUAUUCUAAACAAAAAUAGUUCCAUUCAUUUUAGUAUAAAAUACUAUGAAAACUGUCAAUAGUACUUAAGUCUUUUAAUCAUCAAGAAAUCUGUGGCCAUUGGGGCUUGCACGUAGAAAUCCAAAGUCAUUCAGAGGCCAUAUCUGUAAAAUAAAGAACAGUUACAAGAGAUUUAAUCACAAGCCAAAGUUCAGUGUUUUCAUUUGUUAUUGAAAUAGUUUCAUAAACAUCAUCAUUUUUUCUCUCUUUGGUAAAGAACUUUGCUCACUGAUGCGCUUCUCUUACUAGGAGUAAUAAAUCCUGUGCAUUACAGGGAAUCGUUCCAUAGUGUGAAUUUUACAAUGUAUACAGGAGAUAUGAUUUGCUAUGGAGAGCCUCAUGAAUUCCAUUACUUUUUUCACCCUUGGAAAUAAAUAUGUUCCUAAAGAGUGUCUUUCCAAUUCAGUGUUUUCUAGCUUGUAAAACUCUUCAUGACUUUAAAGACCAGGUAUGUGUUUUUUGGUCCAUCUAGGAGAAAAAGUACCACGCACAUGGGACCUCCCUAUGGUGAGGUGUAUUUUUAUUUUAUUUGUAUUUUCAAUAUGGGCCUUUGAACUGGAAAUACCUAACCUUGGAAAAAAAGAUCUGUUGGCUACAGGUAAACUUAAACAAACUUCGACAGGAAUGAAGGGGUGGAGUGCCUGCCACCACCCAGGCUCUGGAUGAAGCUCCUCUGAGCAGGGAUGGUUAUUUCCAAAAGAGCACAACUCACCACCAAGUACAGGUGUCAGAGAGUGAUGCUGGCCAAUAAACAAAUCUUCUCUCCAGAAAUUACCUGUAGAGCUGUUCAUGUACUGAAUGCUCCCAGGAGUACUUUGCUCUGCACAGUCAUUAAUUACAUGUAGGAUGGUCUUGGAUGCAAAAAAAAAACAAAA